AUGAGCUCAACAAUAUUUGAAGAGCUAGUUUGUUUGGUUGGUCCUCAUGUAACAAGAUUUCCAAGUUUUAGAAAGGAUACUUUAGUUGUUGGUGAAAUAUUAUCAUGUACAUUGAGAUACUUGGCUUCAGGAGAUAUCCUUUGGCAGGUUCUUGAGAAAAAGGUUUUAUUAACUCCAAGUGUCUUAAAUUGGAAAAAAACGUCUAGAGAAUUUGAAGACAAGUGGAAUUUACCACAUUGUGUUGCAGCGAUUGAUGGAAAACAUAUUGUUCAUCAAGCUUUUUCAAAUUAUGGUUCUACCCAUUUCAACUAUAAGGGUACACAUAGUACAGUUUUGUUGGCUAUGUGUGACGCCAAUUAUAAUUUUUUGCUGGUCGAUAUUAGGGCUCCGGGAAGAUGCAGCGAUGGAGGGGUUUUCAGGAGUAGUAAUAUUGGCAAAGCUUUUGCCAAUAAAACAAUAAACUUACCUGAACCUAUAGAAAUUGAUGGUGUGAAUGGACCAAUACCAUACUUUAUGGUAGGAGAUGGGGCAUUUCCACUUACCGAAUACUUGAUGAGGCCAUAUCCUGGUCGUGGAAGAUCUACUAUGCCAAAAGAUGAAGACAUUUUCAACUAUAGGUUAAGCAGAGCACGACGAACUAUUGAAAAUGCUUUUGGCAUACUAGCAUCAAGAUUUAGGAUUUUCAGAAAGCCAAUAAUAGCUUCAGAAAAAACAAUAAUAAAUAUAACAAAAGCAACAAUUGUUUUACACAACUUUAUAAAAAAAGUUAGAAACAGACUCAGCAUGUACAACCAAACCAUAUCAUGCAGUGCAAGCAACAUGCAAACAGAUGAACUACAAGGGUUAGUCCCAAUAAACCGUGCAGGUUCAAAUCAUUAUAGUUCAAAUGCCAAAGAAAAAAGGGACAAAUUAAAAAUAUAUGUUAAUCAUGCAGGAGCUUUAGAGUACCAACAGAGACAGUUAUAA